AAAUCCUGACUUUGAACGGGAAACAAGCGGUUUUCUUGGUAUUUUUGAUAAACUGGGAUUAGGUAUCUCAAGAAGACAACCACCUGGGUCACCUAGAUUGGAUUUAGAAGAUGAUCCGAAGAGUGAAUAUAGGAAGUCAGUACUGAUUUUUGACGCUGGUAGUCCGAUCGUCGAGGAGUUUA